AUGAUCCUCUCCCUAGCUGCAGCCAUGAGCAGUGGUGGCCUUCCCCAGAACACUACUUCCUCUGCAACCUUUGAUCCCUCAUCCCUGGACCCCUGGCUUGACCCUUACCCUGACCUCCCUGGGGUCAACUCCUCCUCCGCAGUCCCCGUCCGCACCUCCACAUCUGACCUUGAUCUACGACCUCUGACCUCACCCCAGGAUGUCAGCCCAUGGGACGUGGCAUUAUGUGUCACAGGAACCCUCAUCUCCUGUGAGAAUGCUCUGGUCAUUGCUGUCCUGUUCUACACGCCGACCCUUCGAGCUCCUAUGUUCAUCCUGAUUGGUUCGCUGGCGUUCGCCGACCUCCUGGCGGGUCUCGGACUCAUCCUAAACUUUGUCUUCAUCUAUCUGGUCAAGGGAGAGGUCGUGACCUUGGUUUCCACGGGGAUACUUAUCGUGGCGUUCUCUGCGUCCAUUUUGAAUAUCCUGGCGAUCACUGUGGACAGGUACCUGUCGCUGUACAACGCGUUGACCUAUCACACCGAACGGACUGUCCUCUUCACGUACCUGGUAAUAGGGCUCAUCUGGUUGGUGGGUCUGAUCCUUGGAGUCCUCCCUGCCCUCGGGUGGAACUGUCUAGACGACGAAACGACUUGUAGCGUAUGCAGGCCAGUCACGAAAUCCAACGCCGUUGCACUCGCCGUCUUCUUCCUAUUGGUCUUCGCAGUCAUGAUGCAACUCUACCUGCAGAUCUGUAGGAUUGCGUUCCGACAUGCUCAGCAAAUCGCAGUCCAACAUCAAUUCAUCGCUAUUUCCACGACCAAAGGAGUCCAGACACUCUCUGUGAUUCUCUGCGCUUUCGCUAUGUGUUGGUUGCCAUUCGCAAUGUAUUCUAUAGUGGCGGACUCGAGUUAUCCUAUAAUAUAUACAUACGCCACUGUGCUGCCGGCGGCGUGUAAUUCAGUUAUAAAUCCAAUUAUAUACGCUUUCAGGAACCCGGAUAUACAGAAGGGGUUGUGGUUGGCAUGCUGUGGGUGUGUCCCGUCAAAUUUGAGUCUCAGACCGAGGGCGAGGACCUCCAGUGAUGUAUAGGGAACCUGAACAUACACAAAGUUUGAUUACCUGGCCCAGAGCGUGUUG